AUGUUGCCUCUAAAUCUGCGGGCAUCUUCACGUUCGCGCAGCCCGGUGCGGUUCAACCCGAACUUUGCAGGCGGCCGCGUUACUGGUACCAGUAGCGGUACUGGUUCAUGGGCCAUGGUGAACUUUCCCGGUGAGGAGAAGGAGACGAUGCGCUGUCUGAAUGAGCGGCUGAAGGAUUACCUGAACCAGGUGAAACUGCUGGAGGAGGCGAACACCACCCUGGAGACGCAAAUCAAACAAGUGUUAACCCAGAAACGCUCUGUGGGGGACCGAGACUGGAGCGGGUACCACAAAACCAUCAGCAUCCUCCGACAACAGGCUCAAGCUAUGACGAUGGAGAACGCCCAGAUCAUGCUACAGAUUGAUAACGCCAGACUGGCUGCCGAAGACUUCAAAGUCAAGUUGGAGUCAGAAUCUGCUAUACGUCAGGUGGUUGAACUGGACAUCGCAAGUCUCCGGAAGGUGAUAGACGACACACAUUUGAGCCGCAUGCAUCUGGAGAGUCAGAUUGAAUCUCUCAGAGAGGAGCUCAUCUACCUAAGCAAAGCUCAUGAAGAGGACGUGGCUGAGCUGAAAGCACAGAUCCAAAACUCCAGCGUGAAUGUGCAGAUGGAGGCGAAUAUGGGUGUAGACCUCACUGAGACCAUCGAUACAAUCCGGCAGCAGUACGAGAGAGCGGUCCAGAAGAACCGGGAGGACACCGAGGACUGGUACAAAGCCAAGUUUGAUAGCAUCUCAGCGGAGGUGAGUAGGAGCAGUGAUGAACUAGAGCAGGGGAAGACCGAGCUGAACGAGAUGCACAGACAGAAACAAGGAAUGGAGAUCGACCUGCAGACCCUGCACAGCAUGACCCUCUCUCUAGAGGACACACUGCAGGAGACAGCUGGACGUUACGCCCUCGAUAUGAACAGUUACAAUGUAGUUCUCCAGCGGCUGGAAGCGGAACUUGGUGAUGUCCAUGUCCAUGUGGCCAGACAGAGAGCGGAGUACCAGGCUCUGCUUAACAUCAAGUGUAAACUGGAGGAAGAGAUUGCCACCUAUCGCCGACUCCUGGAAGGCAUAGGAAUGGCUAAUUUCGAUAUUACAGAUGCUGGAUUUCGUCAAAAUGAAGAUCUCAAGGGAUUCGGAGCACAAGAUCCACCAGGUCUACCAAGUAAUGCUGAGGCGAUGGAUGACAACAGUUUGGCUGGUGUAGACGAAAGUGUGGAGUUCUCAUUGGACCAGGCUCUGUAUGCCAAACCCCCUUGCCCGACUUCUGACUCAAGUUUGAUGAAUGAGAUGGUAGAGGAGGAGAUGAAUGCUACCAACUCCGCCAUGAACCUACAGCACAACCACGAAGUAACAGGAUCACACGAAAAGGAGUGUCCAGUGAUCAUGGGGGUUGUGCCUCCUGAAAUGAUCCCUUUGGUGUGCCCACUGUUUAAAGAGUACAGGGCGAAGGUACAUGAGGAUGUAAACAGCAUUGUGGAAGACAGUGGCAUAGCUAAGGAUGAGGUCAUGGGAAGUAAUGGGGUAGACAAGGAGGAGGUACAAAGCAUUGUGGUUGGUGAAGUGUUAGGGCAGGAAAGGUUUGGCAUGGAGGUACAGCAGGAAGGAAACACCAUUGUGGAGUGCAGGGAAGUGGCAGAGGAGCUGAACAUGGAGAGCAAGGAGGUAGAAGAGGCGGAAAAAAGCAUUGUUGUUUGUGCAGGGUUAAAGCAGGAAACGUUUGUCAUGGAGGUACAGCAGGAAGAAGACACCCCUGUGGAGUGCAAGGGUGCAGCUGAGGAGCUGAUCAUAGAAAGUGAGACAGUAGGAGAGGAGGAGGCAAAAAGUGUUGUGGUUUGUGCAGCGUUAAAGCAGGAGAUAACCCCCCCUAUGAUUUGCUUGGAAUUCCAGCAGGAGAUAAACACAUUUGUUGAGUUCAAGGGUGCAUGCGAGGAAGAGAUGAAAAGCAUUGUAGAGUGCGAGGAGGGAGCUGAGAGGGAGGGAGACGGCACUGUGGAUGGCAUGGAGCUAAAGCAGGAGAUCACCCCUCCUGUUGAGUACAAGGGGGCAGCCGAGGAACAGAUAAACAACAUUGGGGUUAGCAUAAAGAUACAGGAGGAGGUUCAUAUCCAAGAGGAGGCAGGAGCACACGGGACAAAAGACGGCAAACUUACUGAAGUGAAUGGAGGGGCAGUAGAAGAGGUGGUAAAAACAAAGGGUAUGGGGGAAGCUGAGGAGAUCUGCGUGGUGGAGGGCAAGGCAGCAGGACAAGAGGAGAUCCAAAGCAUUGCAGAGUGGAUGGGGGCAGAUUUUAAGAAUGAAGAGGAGCAGAACCAGUAA